AUGCCUUCAAUAACCCCCUUCCUACGCACAACGCCACUCUUCACCAUAUCUCUCUUCCUCCGCCUCGCUCUUCUCUUCUACGGCCUCUACCAAGAUGCCAAUUCAGCCCUAAAAUACACUGACAUUGACUAUCUUGUCUUUACCGACGCUUCCCGCUUCGUCGCUGAAGGCUCAUCACCAUAUGCCCGCGACACAUAUCGUUACACGCCUCUGCUCGCCUGGCUGCUUCUACCAACCGUCCGAUUCUCCGCCUUUGGAAAGCUGGUCUUUGCUGCGGCUGACCUCUUGGCGGGAUGGCUCAUUCUGCGCGUGCUUAGACGGAGGGGUAUGGAUGAAGCUACGGCUGGAGGCUUUUCCGCGCUGUGGUUAUGGAACCCUAUGGUAGCGACCAUCAGCACCCGUGGAAGCUCAGAAGGCCUCCUGGGUGUGUUGACUAUGGGUUUAUUAUGGGCAGUGGAGAGGAGGAAACUCAGUCUUGCCGCGAUCAUUCUGGGAGUGUCGGUUCACUUCAAGAUUUACCCCUUCAUCUAUGCACCAGCUAUUGUAUGGUGGAUGGACGAUGCUCAUUUAGGAAACGAGACAAAGUCCGCUACUCGUCCUUCAUCAUACAAGGAAGCAGUCUCAAAUUUUUUCACGCCGGAGCGCCUCAAGUUUGGACUUCUCAGCUUUAUAACGUUCAUGAUUCUCAACCUCAUCAUGUUCUCCAUUUACGAGACCCCGUUCCUUGUUCACACUUACUUUCACCAUGUCACGAGGAUCGACCACCGUCACAACUUCUCCCCUUACAAUGUUCUGCUGUAUCUCACCUCUGCCACUCCCUCUAAUGCUGCACCUUCAUUCCGUAUCGAGUCGUUCGCCUUCCUCCCUCAACUUCUUCUAUCUUGUGUUCUCAUUCCUCUCGCUAUCGCCAAGCGCGAUCUUGCAACAGCCAUGAUGGCUCAGACAUUUGCCUUUGUUACGUUUAACAAAGUCUGUACCUCCCAAUACUUCCUUUGGUACAUGAUCUUUUUGCCACUUUAUUUGCCCAACUCAUCUUUCCUCCGUAACCCUAAGCUGGGCAUCUCAGCUCUGUUGCUCUGGGUAGUCUCCCAAGCUGCCUGGUUGCAACAAGGUUACCAGCUCGAGUUUCUCGGCAUCAGUACUUUCUUCCCAGGCCUUUGGCUGGCCUCGCUCGGCUUCUUCCUAGUCAACUGCUGGAUUCUGGGUGUCAUCAUCAGUGACGGCGCUGCUCAGUCAACACGAUCAACCAUUAAGUUCCACGUUGAAUAA